AUGGAUUUUCCUACUAACACACUCAAGCAAAACAAAGCCUUUUUCUCUCUUCUCCUCAGCUUAUCCUUCCUCUUCUUGAUCACAUUCUACUUCACUUCCAUUUUCCCUUCCUCAAACCACCCCAAAAUCAUCCUCCCCCUCAACCAAAACUGCGCCGCCAUCGAACAAUUCCCCGACCGGACCUCGAGAUGCGAUUUCGUUCGGUCCAAUUACGACUCGUGCCGAGGCAAGGCCUACCUGAACUACCUCGAUGUCUUCUACUGUGGGGCCCGCCAGCCGUUCGGCUACGCCGUGCUCGUGCUCUGGCUCGUUGUCCUGUUUUACGUGCUCGGGGACACGGCAUCGACCUACUUCUGCCCCUCAGUCACGGGCCUCUCUAGGGCCCUUCGCCUCUCCCCGGCCCUCGCCGGCACCACUCUCCUCCCCCUCGGAAACGGCGCCAACGACGUUUUCGCUGCUGUCGUCUCGUUCGCGCGCUCCGACGGCAGUUCGGCUGCCGUUGGACUCAAUGGCGUGCUCGGCGGUGCCCUCUUCAUCACGUGCUUUGUGGUCGGGCUCCUGAGCUUCGUCGCGCGGGCCCGGGUGGUUGAACGGGCCGGGUUCAUCCGGGACAUCCUGUUUCUCCUCUUCGCGCUCGGGUGCCUAUUCGCGAUUCUUGCGCUUGGCCGGGUCGGGCUAUGGGCCGCGCUCGGGUUCGUGUCAGUUUACGCCGCGUACAUUUUGGCGGUCUUCGGUAUGCAACUCCGUCGUAGUGGCGGCGGCGGAGGAGAACUCGUGGCGCCGUUGUUGGACGAGGAAAAAGGGCUCCUCGUGCCGGAAAAGUCACCUUUUCCUACGCUUUUCCCGCCACUUCCACUCUCCGUCCAACUCAUACACGCCAUACUCGAGUCUGUCACUGUGGGUAGACUGAACAAGAAGAAGGAGAAGGAGAUGUUGUGGGUGGAUAAGUAUCGUCCCAAAACCCUAGAAAAGGUUCUUGUACACGAAGAUAUAGCUCAAAAUCUCAAGAAAUUGGUGACAGAGCAAGAUUGUCCGCAUUUGCUGUUCUAUGGGCCGUCUGGCUCGGGUAAGAAAACCCUAAUAAUGGCCCUUCUCAGACAAAUUUAUGGUCCCAGCGCUGAUAAGGUGAAAGUGGAAAACAAGAACUGGAAAGUUGACGCUGGGAGUAGAACAAUUGAUGUAGAACUCACAACUUUGUCAAGCACGCACCAUGUUGAGCUGAGCCCUAGUGAUGCAGGAUUUCAAGACCGCUAUGUGGUUCAAGAGAUAAUCAAGGAAAUGGCAAAAAACCGACCGAUUGACACUAAGGGAAAGAAGGGAUUUAAAGUUCUGGUGCUGAAUGAGGUUGACAAACUCUCAAGGGAAGCCCAACACUCCCUCCGAAGGACAAUGGAGAAAUACAGUUCAUCUUGUCGACUCAUUCUAUGCUGCAACAGCUCCUCCAAAGUUACUGAAGCCAUUCGCUCUCGUUGUCUGAAUAUGAGAAUCAAUGCGCCAACAGAUGGAGAGAUUGUGAAGGUGUUGGAAUUCAUCGGGAAGAAAGAAGGGUUGCAACUUCCAUCUGGAUUUGCUGAUCGAAUUGCUCAGCAAUCUAAUCGGAGCCUGAGGAGGGCAAUAUUGUCACUUGAAGCUUGUCGCGUCCAACAGUACCCUUUCACUGCCAAUCAACCCAUACCCCCAAUGGAUUGGGAGGAAUAUGUUUCUGAAAUAGCAUCAAGUAUACUGAAGGAGCAGAGUCCUAAAAGGUUGUUUGAGGUGAGGGGAAAGGUUUAUGAGCUACUAGUCAAUUGCAUUCCUCCGGAAAUCAUUUUAAAGAGGCUGCUUUAUGAACUGUUGAAGAAGUUGGAUUCUGAGCUCAAGCAUGAGAUCUCUCAUUGGGCUGCAUAUUACGAACAUAGGUUACGCCUUGGGCAGAAAGCAAUAUUUCACCUCGAAGCAUUCGUAGCCAAAUUCAUGAGUGUCUACAAAGGAUUCCUCAUCGAGACAUUUGGCUGA